UUACGGCGGACAAGAGCGACCCUUUGCCUGCUAUGCGUCGGCACUUGCCCAGCGCCCGGAUGGUAAAACAACAAACCUCGAGCACCUGACGGCACCGUCGAACCAGUCUGCCGGAGGAACUCUACAGGGUCGUCUAACCGAGCCGCAGUGGGUACGCCACCACGGAUCGACACAAAAAAGCAAAAACAGUGACGAGCUGCAGGCGAGCUGUUGGGCGAUUGCGUGAAACGGUCAGUGCCAGGUACCCGCUAUAACGGGGGGGGGGAGGGAGACGGUUUUCACAGCAGCGGAGGGGGCGUGGCCUCUGGGCCGCUCUUCACACACAACAAUGGCCAUGAAAGCUCUGGUGCUGGCCUCUGCCGUUAGUGCAGCAGCAGCAGCAGCACCAGCAGCCGACGCAUCAUCAGCGGCGGUCAACUUGAGGCCGGAGUCUGAGCUAACGGGCAACUGCUUCGAUUUCCCCAGCAACAACUUCGACAGACAAAGAUCCAUGAUUGGGAUGUACGGGCAGUCCCCCAAGCUUCUCCUCGAGACCGGGAGCGGCGCGAUCGACUUCACCUCGCACGACUACCCCGCGGGGGAGCCGUGGAAUCUGCGCGAGCACCUGGAGGGGGUCGGCGGCGACGCGGGGAAGCCGGUGGUGCUGAUCUGGGGAAUGUUCACGUGCCCGGCAUUUCAGGGGAUGGGCGACCAGCCCCCGAGCCCUCCAUGGGACAAGUGCGGGUACAGAGACGAGUACGACUUGGUGGAGACGUACAAGGACCGCGUGACCUUCGUGCACUUGUACGGGCCAGAGCCGCACCCGACCGCACCGGCCACCAACUUCGACCACGGUGUGGUGGUGAACAGCUACUGGAGCACGGUGCCUCAGCCCAAGUCCUACGAGCAGCGGUUGGCCAUGGUGGACAGGGUCAAGGACCUGGUGCACCCGGAACAGGCGAUCAUUCCGGACUACAUGCCAGGGAACCCCUACAGCGACCUGAUCAACCCGCUCUGGUGCUCCUACGGUAUCGGGGCCAGGCCGGCUACGGCGAUCGCCCAGGACGGCACGAUAUUCUACCAGCAGGAGUGGCUGCACACGGGUGACCUGGCGAACGAGCUUGACGUGUUCCUGGAGGGCAGGGGCGACCCCGAUGCCGCCGCCGCGUUGGGGGGAAAAGUGGGGGCGGGGGCGCUGCAAGAUCAAUACGGCUCGUUGGAUUCUGCGAGUCGAUCUUCGGUUCUUCCUGCCCAGGUGUUGAGAAAAGGACGUGACGCGGCACCACCGUGAUUUGUCGAAGAGGAUAAAAUAUGUUUUUUCGUGAACUUUUUUUGCUUCUCGACUUCUUGCUGCUGGGUCGCUUGAUCCUCUUGUGGUGGACUUUUUUCACGGCCACCACACGAUGAAAUAUGUUUUCUGCCCUCGAAAGUGUUUCGCGUGGAUCGGAAACGACCCAGAUCAAGGAAUUCAGUUGGACCGACUUCCGCGUUGUCGUGUUACGGUAGGGCACAGCAAUGAGGCCGGACUCUUCCGUUCUUUUUUUUUUUUUUUUGUGCCGUGUCCACAGCUGCCGGUCGGUGUGGCGGGAGUAGUAUAGCAGCAUGCCCGCGCGGGUGAUGGGUAUCGUGAGAGGUACGCAGCCCCCCCUGGGUGUUGAAGAGAUCGGUCCCCCGGCAGGACGAUGGAAAAAAAAAAAAAAGACGACGGUACGCUGCUAAAUAGCCGUGCAGCUUGACGGUUUUUGCUUAUUUUGUUUUUGAGGCGGAAGCUGCCAUCGGACGCAAAAUCAAACGUGUUGUGGUGGUAUCGACGCUAUGGCAGCGUCAUACAUGGACGAAGACCGAACGGAGGUGGUGGUUCUUGUGAGCGCCGCCGGUGGGAGCAACGUGGGAUGGAUGGCGGCAAACCUGGACUGUUCGAGCAUUUUUGCCUUUGUUGUGUGGGAAGUGCUGCUGUAGGAGAUUCAGUGUACCGUUAUCCAUCUCCCUUCGCGAAACGAAAGUCCAGGAUGAAAUGUGUUGUGGAAAUCAUAUGCGUUUGCCUUUGUACUGCUCUUCUCUUGUGAACCUCGCGCGACAUGGUACAGAGGUAGAUAGCAUUGGCCAGUACCAUUUGCAUGGAGGCGUGCGGGAUAGGGGGGUGGGCAUGCAAGAUGUUUUGUUUCGCGUCGUGUGUCGCGCGACUAGUUCCUGCUCUAGUCUGGAUGUGGUGCCCGACGCCAGAAACGGCUCGCACCGCGAGCUUCGUCUCUCGUCCUGAUUGUCUCCCAGCUAAGACAAGCCUGUUGCCCCUGCUGUUAACGUGGGGGCGUAGUGGAGUCUCGUUGUCUUCAAUAUUGUCUGUCGUUGUGCGAUGUAUGUACUUGUUUGCGAUAUCGUCAGCUAGGUAAAAGGCACCGAGGAGCCUUGUGCGGGGAGGGGAGGCCGAGGGGGCGACUUGCACAGUUUUUUCUAGAACCCUGAUUUUUGAGUUUUGAUCCUGUUCGUGCAUGUAGCAGGUGCUACCGAACAUUCCUCGAUGGUUAAGACACCGACACCUAACAGCAUCGAUUUCUUUUUUGUUGCGCCACACCACUUGGGGCGGGAAAUGGAAUGGAAACAUGCUGUGGCAACAAGAGAAGAGAUGAAAGUAAGUUUGCCACGAAAAGCACGUGAAGUGAUAACCGCAGCAAAC